UCCCACAAUGCAGAGCGCAUGGCGCGUCAUUGGAGAGGGACGACGAUGAUGGCGGCGGUUGGUGCACCAGAAGUGAUCACACAGCUGGAAAGCGCUGCCAAAGUUUUAAUGGCACCGCCGUCCAUGGUCAGCACAGAACAGAGACAGCAUGCUGAACACAUAUUCCUCUCCUUCAGGAAAUCCAAAUCCCCUUUUGCCAUCUGCAAACACAUCUUAGAGACCAGUAAGGUGGACUAUGUGCUGUUCCAGGCAGCCACGGCCAUCAUGGAGGCGGUGGUGCGGGAGUGGAUCCUGCUGGAGAAGACGAGCAUCGAGUCGCUCCGGGCGUUUCUCCUCACCUACGUCUUACAGAGACCCAAUCUCCAGAAGUAUGUCCGUGAGCAGAUCCUUCUGGCGGUGGCGGUCAUCGUGAAGAGGGGCUCACUAGACAAAAGUAUCAACUGUAAAAGCAUCUUUCACGAGGUCGGACAGCUCAUCAGCAGCGGGAACACCACAGUGCAAACAUUGGCCUGCUCCAUCCUGACCGCUCUGCUCAGUGAGUUCUCCAGCUCCAGUAAGACCAGCAGCAUCGGCCUCAGCAUGGAGUUUCACGGCAGCUGCAAGCGUCUGUUCCAGGAGGAGGGCCUGCAUCAGAUCUUCAUGUUGACCAUGGAGGUGCUGCAGGAGUUCAGCCGCAGAGAAAACCUAAACGCCCAGAUGUCGUCUGUCUUCCAGCGUUACCUCGCUCUGGCCAACCAGGUCCUCUGCUGGAACUUCCUGCCACCCAAUCUGGGGCGCCACUACAUCGCCAUGUUUGAGGCCACGCAGAACGUCACGCUCAAGCCUACGGAGACCUGGAGGGAAGCGCUGCUGGACACCCGCGUCAUGGACCUCUUCUUCACCGUACACAGGAAGAUUCGGGAGGACUCAGACAUGGCCCAGGACUCCCUGCAGUGCCUGGCCCAGCUGGCCUCCAUGCACGGGCCCAUCUUCCCCGAUGAGAGCGCCCAGGUCUCAUAUCUGGCUCACUUGGUGGAGGGCCUGCUCAGCAUGAUCAACGGGAUUGAAAUCGAGGACUCGGAGGCGGUGGGCAUCUCCAAUAUUAUCUCCAAUCUGAUCACCAUGUUCCCUCGAAGUACUUUAACGGCGCUGCCCAGCGACCUCUUCACCUCCUUCAUCAACUGCCUCACGCUGCUCACCUGCUCGUUUGGUCGCAGUGCCGCCCUGGAGGAGGUGCUGGAUAAGGACGACAUGGUUUACAUGGAGGCCUACGACAAGCUACUGGAGUCGUGGUUGACGCUCGUCCAGGACGAGGAGCAUUUUCCUCGCGGCUGCUUCGUCCAGCCGGCAGUCCAGGUCUUCAACUCGUACAUCCAGUGUCACUUGGCUGCUCCUGACGGCACCCGGAACCUGUCAGUGAAUGGCAUAUCAUCUCAUGAAGAGGAAGAGAUCAACGAGCUGCAGGAAGACGACAGAGAGCUGUUCUCCGACCAGCUGUCCAGCAUCGGCAUGCUGGGACGUGUGGCCGCUGACCACUGUAUCCCACUGCUCAUGAGUCUGCUGGAGGACCGGGUGACACGGCUUCACGGUCAACUCCAGAGGACCCAGCAGCACCUCAUGGCCACAUCUGACCCCGGAUCAAUGGAUCGCAAAGUCCUGGACGAUCUCUAUGAGGACAUCCACUGGCUUAUACUGGUCUCAGGGUAUUUAUUAGCAGACGACCCUCAGGGUGAAACCCCGUUGAUCCCCUCAGAGGUGAUGGAGUUCUCCAUCAAACACUCGACAGAAGUGGACAUCAAUACGACGCUGCAGAUCCUCGGGUCACCGGGGGAGAAGGCCUCGUCCAUACCGGGCUGCAACCGCACAGACUCAGUCAUCAGAUUGCUGUCAGCGGUGCUGCGGACGUCAGAGGUUGAGUCCAGAGCAACGAGGGCGAGUCUGACAGGGCUGCUGAGCCCACAGAUGGGAAAGGAUAUCAUGUGGUUCCUCAGACGUUGGGCCAAGACGUACCUACUGGUGGACGAGAAGCUCUACGAGCAGAUCAGCAUCCCUCUGAGCACAGCGUUUGGUGCAGACACAGAGGGGGCCCAGUGGAUUGUGGGAUAUCUUCUGGAGAAGGUGAUCAACAACCUGUCCGUGUGGAGCUCAGAGGCCGAGCUGGCAAACGACACCGUGGAGCUUCUGGUGACCCUGGUGGAGAAGAGGGAGAGGGCGAACGUUGUGGUGCAGUGUGAAAGCUGGUGGAACCUGGCGAAGCAGUUUGCCAGCCGCAGCCCACCGCUCCACCUGCUGUCCAGCUCUGUGCAGAGGUCUCUGAUGAAAGCUCUGGUCCUGGGAGGCUUCGCUCACAUGGACUCUGACGCCAAACAGCAAUACUGGGCUGAGGUGCUUCACCCUCUCCAGCAGCGUUUCCUCAACCUCAUCAACCAGGAGAACUUUGCUCAGAUCAGCCAGGAGGAAGCCGUCAAAAAGGAAAUCGUCGCUACGUUAGAGGCACUGUGUGGCAUCGCAGAGGCGACGCAGAUCGACAACGUGGCCGCGCUCUUCUCUUUUCUCAUGGACUUCCUGUCCAGCUGCAUCGGCCUCAUGGAGGUCUACAGCAACACACCCGAGACGAUCAACCUCAUCAUUGAGGUUUUUGUGGAAGUGGCUCACAAGCAGAUCUGUUACCUGGGAGAGACCAAGUCCAUGAAGCUGUACGAGGUUUGUCUGACGCUGCUGCAGGUCUACUCCAAAAACAACCAGAGCAGGAAGCGAAACGACGCUACAGCAGAGGAGGACCAAUACCAGGAUCUGCUGCUCAUCAUGGAGCUGCUCACUAACCUGCUCUCCAAAGAGUUCAUCGACUUCAGCGACACCGACGAUGUGUUUCGCAACCAAGACCAGGGAACACCGGCGUCCAGUCGGACAGUAUCGGCAGCAGAUGUGGUUCUUUAUGGUGUCAACAUUGUUCUCCCUCUCAUGUCUCAGGACCUGCUCAAGUUCCCCUCCCUGUGUAACCAGUACUACAAGCUCAUCACCUUCAUCUGUGAGAUCUUUCCAGAAAAGAUCCCACAGCUGCCUGAAGACCUCUUCAAAAGCCUCAUGUUCUCCCUGGAGCUGGGAAUGACCUCGAUGAGUUCAGAGAUCAACCAGCUGUGUUUGGAGGCUUUGUCUCCUCUGGCUGAGCAGUGCGCUAAAAACCAGGAGAAGGACACGCCACUCUUUAUCGCCACCCGUCACUUCCUCAAGUUGGUGUUUGACAUGCUGAUCCUGCAAAAACACAACACAGAGAUGACGGUGGCAGCAGGAGAAGCACUCUACACACUCGUGUGCCUUCAUCAGGCGGAGUACUCGGAGCUUGUGGAGACCCUCCUCUCCUCGCAGAGAGAUGCCGUCAUCUACCAGCGGCUGGCCGACGCCUUCAACACCCUGGCAGCCAGUAGCACGCCGCCCACCAUGGACCGCAAGCAGAAGGUCGCCUUCCUCAAGAGCCUGGAGGAGUUUGUGGCCAACGUGGGCGGCCUGCUUUGCAUGAAAUAACCACUGGAAACGGCCUCCACCUCGGAUCUUUUUUUUUAAUUAUUUUAUUUUUUUAAAGCAACCAAUCAAAAGACCCCCCUGCUUCGUCCCUAAGAACUAUGGGUAGAAGAGGCCGCUGGAAGCCUCUGAGGACCUCGCUGUCUCUCUACUCGCUGAGGGAUCCAUCUCAUGCCUGAAUGUUUACCCGGUUUUCACCAUCCUCGGAUUCCUUUUUAGAUUUAUUUUAUCCCCCGCCUCUCCAGUCCAGCAUGAUUGACAGACUUGAUGAUGAUGUGGUAACCAUGGAGACUGAACUGCAGAGCAGACGGACUCAGAGGAUCCCCUCCCCAUGUUGACUUACAUGGCGGAGCACUGACCAUCAUGACGAGGAGGUGGAGCAGCAGCUGAUGAUGUGGACGCUGUCGUCCUCCGCCUUCUGUACCUGGAGGCUACACACACACACACACACACAUACACACACACACACACACACACACAGCAACAUUGGGGGUCAAACAAGUCUUGAAAAUUAAAGAAGACGUUUUUUCUUCAGUGUGAGGCUUGUAGUUGAAAGUAUUAGAGAGUAUUAGAUGGGCCAUUUUGUGUCAAGAAUGCCAUAGCAACCACACACACACACACACAUACACACAUGCUGCCCCAGUCCUUCCCAGAGUGCCUUUUAUUUUGGUGAAUGUGCUGUGUGAGCGCGUUUCAACUGACAACAAACUGUGCCUGCCAUUCGCCAAGAAUACAGCGGAUGCGCACACACACACGCACGCACACACACACACACACACUAUCAAAAAACUCACUUGCACACACAUACAGUAUGCGAGAGGCCCGGCUAUCUUUGGGGUUGCUAAACCAUGCAGCACAGGAGGGCGUUUGUUUGUUGGCGUUAACAGAAAACCAAAAUCAGUUUCACUAAAAGGUGUAAAUAUAUAUAUAUAAUGUUUUCAAACCAGAAACCACAAGAAAUGUUUGUUCAAAGACAAAAAGAAAAAACCUGACUAAAAUGUUUUUAUAUGCCAGUUAGACGGCAGGAAGAAUUGUGCGAGUUCAACAUUGUAUGAAUUCAGAUAAAGAGGGAGCAACUUCCUCGGUUUUGAUCUUUUGCGGUUUGACAUUUUUUCUCUAUUUGAAUCAUAGUAUUAUGUCCCGGGGUCCUCCCUCCGGACACAUGAAGGCUCGAUGAAGGAUCGGGCCUCUAAAGUUUAGCAGAUUUAAUUUCAGUAGUAUUUUUCUACGGCUGCACAUCCACCGUAUCACUCUUCAACACACACUGGAUUGAAGCAGAGACUGUUUGAGCUGAAGGACAGCAAUAACAAACCAAAUAAAAAGGAGCAGAGCCACUUGUUGAAGCAUUAUGUUGGAGACGACCUCGUUCAGAGCACUAUCCUGGUUAUUGUAGAACGGCUGUUUUGUUAAUGAAGUGUAAAAGUGUACAUAAACUUAUUGUAUAAAAUGU